CCCUUCACCAGGAAGGCCCUCAUUUUCUUUGAAUCUGGUGGCCUUCUUCUUCUUCAUUACAGAUCCAAAACCCUAAUCAAAGAUUCAUCCUUUUCAUCUCCCCUGCCACAACCAACAACUGGGUUCAUCAAUUCAGGUACAAUUUGAGCUCCUUGCACAUUCUUUUACUCCUUUACAACUCAACUUUUAUGAUCCACCAUCUUUCUCUGUUCUUAAAGUUUACACCUUUAUCUCAAAUUGAGCAUGGAAUCCAAAACCCAACUAGCCCCAGCUCUUAAUUUCUUCCCAACCCUAAAACCCCCAAACAAAACCCAAUCUUUCCACCAAAUCUCAGUCCUGAUCAUCACCUUCAUCGCCUAUGCUUCCUUCCACGCCUCCAGAAAGCCCCCCAGCAUUGUCAAGAGUGUUCUUGGGCCCAAACUGCAGUCCAAUUCGAGCUCUUUCGACGCCGGUUGGGCCCCCUUUGAUGGGCCUCAGGGCACCCAUAGGCUUGGAGAACUUGAUCUUGCAUUUCUGUCUGCAUAUUCUAUUGGAAUGUAUUUUGCAGGGCAUGUUGGUGAUAGGAUUGAUUUGAGGUUGUUUCUUGCUUAUGGUAUGUUGGGGAGUGGAGUUAUGACUUGUGUUUUUGGGUUAGGUUAUUGGUGUAAUGUGCAUAUGUUGUGGUACUUUGUGUUUGUGCAAGUUGUGUGUGGGUUGUUUCAGUCAAUAGGGUGGCCUUGUGUUGUGGCAGUUGUGGGGAAUUGGUUUGGGAAGACCAAGAGGGGGUUGAUAAUGGGGGUGUGGAGUUCACAUACUUCGGUUGGGAACAUUGUGGGAUCGGUUAUUGCUUCCGGGGUUUUGGAAUUCGGAUGGGGUUGGUCGUUUGUUGUGCCUGGAGUUUUGGUGAUUUUGGUUGGGGGUUUGGUGUUUUUGUUUCUACCUGUGAGGCCGGAGGACUUGGGGUUUGAGUCGCUGGGGAAGGGAGAGGUUGAGAUGAAUGGGGAGGUUGAUGGUGUGGGAAAUGUGGUGAAAGUGGAGUCAGAAGAAGCUGGACUACUUAGAGGAGAAAAUGUAGAAGGUAAUGUUGGUGUUGGUACUGAAACUUUGACUGCGAUUGGGUUUUUGGAGGCGUGGAGGUUACCGGGGGUUGCACCAUUUGCAUUCUGCCUCUUCUUUUCGAAGCUGGUGUCUUACACUUUCCUGUACUGGUUACCAUUCUACAUAAGGAACACAGCUGUUGCUGGGGUGCAAUUGUCACACAAAACUGCUGGAAACCUUUCAACAAUAUUUGAUAUUGGAGGAGUAUUUGGUGGAAUUUUAGCAGGAUUGAUAUCAGAUAUGCUUGAAGCUCGUGCUGUUACAUCGAUUGCAUUUUUGAUACUUUCAGUUCCAUCCCUUGUUCUCUACCGGGCAUAUGGAAGCUUAUCUAUGGCUGCCAACAUUAUUCUGAUGUUUCUUGCCGGAUUGCUGGUGAAUGGUCCAUAUGCACUCAUCACAACAGCUGUUGCUGCUGAUCUCGGCACUCAGACAUUAAUCAGAGGCAAUUCUCGUGCCUUGGCUACUGUAACUGCAAUCAUAGAUGGUACGGGGUCUGUUGGAGCAGCUCUCGGUCCACUCUUGGCUGGCUAUAUAUCAACAAGGGGAUGGAACAGUGUCUUCUUGAUGCUAAUUCUUGCUAUUGUUUGUGCCACUUUGUUUUUGAUACGCAUUGCUAGAAUUGAGAUUAAAGAGAAGUUGAGUGGGAGAACAUGGUUUUGGCAUAGCAUAGAUACACAGUGAUUAAGAUCAAAUAGCAUAG